AUGAAAUCUUAUGUUGAAAAUGUUAAAAAUGUAGUCUAUGAAAAUACGACAGUGUUAGAAAUGGGAUCACUCGACAAACUAAAGGGUCCUGAAUUCUCCCAGAAAAAGUUCGAAAAACUCAGCUUCGCUAUUGAAUAUAACGAUGAAUUUGAAAGUAAUUUAAAAGCGAUUUCUGAUUUCAUUGAGACGAAACCAAAAGUGAUUACUGAUGCAGAAGAAAUAGCUUACCAUUUUCACUUUGAUCAUCGUAAAAAGUGGGUCGAAUACAGAGAUUAUGAAAAACAAGAAUAUAAGAGAUUUUUAGAUGUUUUGAAUAAAGUUGCUGGUUCAAAGGUUGUUCAAUGUUCGAUAAUCAAUAAAUAUGAACUUCAUACCGUAUAUUUGACAGAACGAAACGACUUGGCCCAAUUGGGUCAAGAAAUUCAAGAAGAUAUACAAAAUUGGCCCAAUUUAAAAAUCUUUGAUUAUGCUGAUAAUUAUGUGCGUUUCUUACCAGGAGUAAGGUUCCCAAAUUCGUUAGAAGUCAUAAACAUGGGAGGUGGAUAUUCAUUAGAGACUUUAUCUGGAUUCAAAAUGCCACCAAAUUUAAAGACAUUGAAUGUUAAUAGUGGAUCUAUUACAAGUAUUGAUAAUAUUGUUUUCCCAAUUACACUUGAAAGACUAAGCUUAAGUGAUAAUAAAAUUUAUUUUUUGAAUUCGGUAGACUUCCCAUCAAGACUAACCCACCUUGAUAUUUCUCAAAACAGAAUAGAAACGUUGAAGAAUGUUAAUUUUCCAAGGAAUUUGAAAUCGUUAUCCGUUUCAUUUAAUCCAAUUGAAAACAUUAGAGGAGUUAAGUUUCCCGAGGGUUUAGAGUACUUGGAUUUAUCAUGUAUACCGAACGAAUCGAUGACUGGGGUCAAGUUCCCUGAUCUGUUGAUUUCAUUAAAUUUACAACAAUCUAUGGCUAAUACAAGAGGUUUAAAACUACCAGCAUUUGUUAAAAAAAUUAAUUUAUCGUCUAAUGGAGUAAAUAGUAUCAAUCCAUUGAAAUUGCCGAAUAGUAUUGAAAGUUUAUAUUUGAGUUAUAACAAUAUUAAGACUUUAAAUAAAGUGAUAUUUCCAACAACUUUAAAAGAACUAUACCUUGGGAAUAAUUUGAUUACAACACUUAAAAAUGUUCAAUUUCCAGUUACAUUAGAGGUGUUAGACCUUGAGAUGGAUCCCGAUGUUGAUGAACAAGAAAAGCAUAUCACAACUUUGAAAGACGUUGUGCUACCACCCAACUUGAAAACUUUAAAACUCGGAUACCACUCAAUAAAGUUCAUCGAAACUAUCGAUUUUCCCGUGAACUUAGAGUAUUUAAGUUUAGCAUACAAUGAAUUAAAAGUGAUAAGAAAUGUUAGAUUCGGUCCCAACUUGAAAACAUUAGAUCUUAGUGGUAAUCAAGAAUUAACCAGUAUUGAUAAUUUGAUGAUCCCUGAAUCAGUAACCGAUUUGAGAAUACCAUCACAAUUAGUCAAUUAUUUACCCAUUUAUAUUGUUGAAAGAGCAAAUAGUAACAAGAUGGUUAUUACAAAAUCAGAACCAUUUAUAUAA